AUGUCAGACCACAGGGUGCUCUUCCGAGUGACACUGAAAAAGAAUUCGAAAGAAUGCAAAGCAAUCACCUUGAUGAAUGGUAGAGUACUUGAAGAGGUACCACCAAAGAAUAAAAAGAAGUUAGAUGCCGAACUAAUUCCUGCCCAAAGAACUGAACCUGAAAAGAGUCCCGAGAUAGUCAUGCAACAGUCUGAACGUGUAGUAACUAUACCACCUCCACCAUUCCCACAGCGCUUUCAGAAACAGAAUAUAGAUGCAGCCUGUAAGAAUAUUCUUGACAUAUUGAAGCAGGUACACAUCAACAUUCCUUUAGUAGAGCUCUUGCAAGAAGUUUUGAAAUAUGCUAAGUACAUCAAGAAUAUUGUUACAAAUAAGAGGCACUGGACAGAAUUUGUAACUAAGGCACUUAAUGAGGGGUGUAGUUCCAGAGUGAGGAGCAAGAUUCCACCAAAGCAAAAAGAUCCAGGUAGUUUCACUAUUUCUAUCACUAUUGGUAAUAUCAAGCUAGCUGAUACAUCUCUUGCAUAUCCCGAUGGUAUAAUUGAAGAUGCUCUUGUGAAGGUGGGUCAUUUUAUUCAGCCAAUUCAUUUUAUUAUCCUUGAUUAUGAGGCAGAUAAGAAUGUCCCUCUCAUCAUGGGAAGAAGAUUCUUAGCGGCUGUUGAUACGGAAUUGAAGAUGACCACAGUUGUGGAGCCUGAGCACAUGAUUGUAGAGUUAGAUUACUUUCAAGCUUCUCGAGACCCUUUGGAGAUAGCAUUGUUGUAUGGUGAAGACUUGGUGGACGAUGAAACAGUCGAGGAGUGUCUUACAUUAUUGACACUUCUUAUGCAUAGAUAUGAUCCAACACACUGUUUGAGGAGUUAG